GAAGAAACAAUUCGACCUGGAAACAAGUGAGCAAAAACAAUGCCAUUGCCAACUGUCGUUUCCCCUAUUUCUUCUUUUUCUGGCGUACUUUUAUCCACUGUCACGGCGCGCGCUACACUCCCUCCAAAAUGCACCGUUUCCCCUUCCUCUGUUCUCUCUCGCAGAGACAUCGCUCUGCUGUCCUUCCUCGCUCUCUCUCCACCUGCCUCCGCCAUUGAAUUUGGCAUCUCAGGACCGAAGAAUUGGCUGAAAGAGCAAAAACGGAAGGCCUCCAAGUUCCUGUUGGCCCCCGUGGAUGCUUCCCGCCAAAUCCUUCGCUCUGCCUAUCUCACGCUCACGAAAACCGACGCUGCUUAUACGGAUGAGGAUUUGGAGCAGAUUCAGCAGCUGUUUAUAUCUGCUGCUAGGGACUGCGUACCACAGGACCGGAAUUCUUUCGUCACUUUCCAAGCCAAGAGCGGAGUAGAGGUGUGCACAUUUCGGUUAAUUGUGAAGAACGCUGCUUCGUUGCUUGGAAAUAAGGAUCCUGUAAAGUUGAAAGCUGAAGCUUUGCUAGAUAAUCUUAUAAGAUCUUUCGCCACUAUCAGUGGGAUGGCAAGUGAAACCAACAUUCAACUUGCAUCAGAUAGAGAAAAGAUAGCGGAUGCUGUAUCAGAUACCAUAUCUGAUCUCGACAAAUUUGAGCAGGGAAUUACGGAUUGCCUUGAAAGUUGAAACCUAACUGUAAAGAAUAGCCUAUCCUACUUUUUUUGAUGUGGAAAGUUGAUCCUUAAAAAAUCACGCAAGGAGCUUAUUGGUGUAAUAACCAAUUUUCUGGUAUCACCGGUUUGCUGACUACCGAGAAUACCAAAAUAUGAUUUUGCCGUACUUUAAAAUACUUAUUUGUUUUCUCAAUCUGAAAUCUUUGUCAUCAGUUUAUAGAUACUCUCCUCCAAUCCAAGAUACAAAAUACAAGAUGCGUAUCUGCCUUCUUGAAAGAGACUGCUAUUUUAAUGAGGGAGAGGUUGUGGUUGCUGAAGAUUUUUGUGUACCUUCAAACUGAAUGGAGAAAAGUAAUAAAUGCUUUUUUCUAAAUGGGACAACCCGCCUCCCCCAUAUCUUGGAAACUGCCAAAUCAAGACAAUAGUAGACAUCUACUUCACAUAACUCAUUUGGUGAUAAUUUCUUUCAGAGUUUACUUUUAUUUAUUUAUAAUCAGGUAAUAUCACAACAUAUGUAGUAGGCAUUUUUUUUUUAUGAUACUAAAAAACAGUUAGAAAUGUGAUGAAUAAAAUAUAACA